UCCGACACAACAUCUAUUCAAAAAGAUACGUUCAUUUAAUGACGAAAAUUAUGUACUUGUAGUACGAGACGACGAAGUUCGAAAUUUCUUAGUAGGAAAUUAAUUCUACUUUUCGUAUCGUAUAAUCAAAUAACAUUACUUUCAUUAAACAUGGAUAAAAGAAAAAUGUCGACAGCAGGGGAUUCCCUGUACCAAAUUUUAGAAAUUCCAAAAACUGCUACUCCUGAAGAAAUUAAGAGAACUUAUAGAAAAUUAGCAUUAAGAUAUCAUCCUGAUAAAAAUCCAAAUAAUCCAGAAGCAGCGGAAAAGUUUAAAGAAAUAAAUAGAGCACAUGCCAUAUUAACAGAUCUAACUAAGAGAAAUAUAUAUGAUAAUUAUGGAUCUCUUGGGUUAUACGUUGCUGAACAAUUUGGUGAAGAAAAUGUCAAUGCUUACUUUGCUUUUACUUCUGGUUGGUGCAAGGCACUCUGCAUAUUUUGUAGUUUGAUAACUGCAUGUUAUUGCUGUUGUUGUUGCUGUUUUUGUUGCAACUUCUGCUGUGGCAAAUUUAAGCCAACACCACCGGAAGAUAGUGGAGCAUACCACAAUUUACAGCGGGACCAGAACCCAGAGGCAAAUGUCGUGACGAAUCAGCCCAGAGGCCUAUCUAAGGAAGAAGAGAGUGACGAUGAUGCGAUUACAUCACAACCACAGGGUGCUCCGCAAAACAAUUCAACGAACCAGCAGUCCAUUUUCGCCAUGCCUCCUCCAUCCACUACCGUCGAUGAGAAUACAAAUUUGAACAGCGGUGCUGAAAGAGUUAUUUACACAACUGCUGUCUCUACAAACCCCUUCAUUGGAGCAAACAUUGGUACAACUAGCACGAGUAUAACAAAAUGGUAGUCAUCGAAUGAUACAAAUAUGGUACACGUAUAAGCGUUAGAAAGGUUUGUUACAUAACUCCUUACGGGGUGGAUUUUAACGUGUGAGUAACAUGUUAGAUAUCGAGAGGUUGUCAAAAUUGUUUUCUGCA